AUGCCUGCUCCCGUGGGUACUCCUCAGACUCUUUACGACAAGGUCUUCUCGGCACAUAUUGUGGACGAGAAGCUUGAUGGCACAAUUCUUCUCUACAUCGGUAUGUCUCUCUCUCUUUCUCUGUGCUUCAUUGUGUCUAUGAGCAGUAUGGCUGACAAAAGUUGGUCAAAAGACCGACAUCUGGUCCACGAAGUGACAUCACCACAAGCUUUCGAAGGCCUCGAGAAUGCAGGCCGAAAGGUCCGAAGACCAGAUUGUACUCUGGCUACCACUGAUCACAAUGUCCCCACAACUUCCCGCAAAGCACUGAAGGAUAUUGCUUCUUUCAUCGAGGAGGACGAUUCGCGAACACAAUGUGUUACCCUGGAGGAGAACGUUAAGAAAUUUGGUGUCACAUAUUUCGGUCUAGGCGACAAGCGACAGGGUAUUGUCCACAUCAUUGGUCCCGAGCAAGGCUUUACUCUCCCUGGAACCACCGUCGUGUGCGGUGACAGUCACACUUCGACACAUGGCGCCUUCGGUGCUCUGGCCUUCGGUAUUGGUACCAGUGAGGUCGAGCACGUUCUUGCUACUCAGUGCCUGAUCACCAAGCGCAGCAAGAACAUGAGAAUACAAGUCGACGGUGAACUGGCCCCCGGUGUCAGCUCAAAAGAUGUUGUUCUCCACGCCAUCGGUCAAAUCGGUACUGCUGGAGGUACCGGUGCUGUUAUCGAGUUUUGUGGAUCCGUCAUCCGCAACUUGAGCAUGGAGGCCCGUAUGUCCAUCUGCAACAUGUCUAUUGAGGGAGGUGCCCGUGCUGGUAUGGUUGCUCCUGACGAGAUUACUUUCGAGUACCUCAAGGGUCGUCCACUGGCCCCCAAGUAUGGCUCUGAGACUUGGAAUAACGCCGUUGCCUACUGGAAGUCUCUCCAAUCCGACCCUGGCGCCAAGUACGAUAUUGAUGUCUUCAUCGAUGCCAAAGACAUCGUCCCUACCCUGACCUGGGGAACCAGUCCCGAGGACGUCGUGCCCAUUACUGGUUCCGUCCCCGAUCCUGAGACCUUCAGCACCGAGAGCAAGAAGGCUGCUGGUCGCCGCAUGCUUGAGUACAUGGGUCUGACCGCUGGAACACCAAUGGAGGAUAUUCCUGUCGACAAGGUCUUUAUUGGGUCUUGCACAAACGCCCGUAUUGAAGACUUGCGGGCUGCUGCCAACGUUGUCAAGGGCCGCAAGGUUGCUGACAACAUCAAGCGAGCCAUGGUGGUUCCUGGUUCUGGUCUUGUCAAGGCUCAGGCUGAGGAAGAGGGUCUUGAUCAAAUCUUUGUCGAGGCGGGUUUCGAGUGGCGAGAGGCUGGUUGCAGUAUGUGUCUGGGUAUGAACCCUGAUAUUCUGGCUCCCAAGGAGCGAUGUGCCAGUACUUCCAACCGAAACUUUGAGGGUCGACAAGGUGCUCUCAGCCGAACUCAUCUUAUGUCUCCUGUCAUGGCUGCCGCUGCCGCUCUUGUUGGCAAGCUUGCCGAUGUGCGCAAGCUGUCGCACUACACCCACCAAUCGGCCUUCAAGCCUCGUGAGCUUCCUGCUGAGGAGCCUCACGUCGACGAGCGAACCAAGGAUGACUCCGAGGAGCGCGACCUGAUCGGUGAUCAGCCUCAGGAUUCCCAGCCCCAUACUAACACCCUGGUUAGCCCUGCCGGUGCCGCUUCUGGUCUGCCUAAAUUCACUAUCUGGAAGGGCACUGCCGCUGCUCUGGACCGAUCUAACGUCGACACCGAUGCCAUCAUCCCCAAGCAGUUCCUCAAGACCAUUAAGCGAACGGGUCUCGGAAAUGCUCUCUUCUAUGAGCUCCGAUAUAAGGAGGAUGGAUCUGAGAACCCCGAUUUUGUCUUGAACCAGGAGCCUUUCCGCAAGACCAAGACUUUGGUUGUUACUGGACCCAACUUUGGAUGCGGUAGUUCUCGCGAGCACGCCCCUUGGGCGCUUCUUGACUUCGGCAUCAAGUGUAUCAUUGCUCCCUCUUUCGCCGAUAUCUUCUUCAACAACACUUUUAAGAACGGCAUGCUGCCUAUCCGCAUCGAUAACAAGAGCGAUCUGGAUGCCAUUGCCGCCGAAGCCCGCGCAAACCGAGACAUUGAGGUCGACCUGCCCAACCAGCUUAUCAAGAACGCCGCUGGCGAGACCAUCUGCUCAUUUGAUGUGGAGGAGUUCCGCAAGCACUGCCUGGUCAACGGCCUCGAUGAUAUUGGCCUGACCAUGCAACAGGAAGACAAGAUUGCCGAGUUUGAGCGAAGCAUGACACAGAACACUCCAUGGCUCGAUGGCACUGGUUACCUGAAGCGUCCUGGACAAGGUGGAAAGCUGGCUGCUAAAGCUGUGCCAGUUCCCAAGACGAAUCGCGGUGAGGAGAAGAAGGAGCCUCUCGAAUGGUAA